GUUGCUUCCCUGACAUGCCCUGUUGUAAGCGGUGUAUGUUGAAAAAUGUCUAAAGUAGACAUGUUGAGAGUGGUGGUGAGUGAGCGUCUCACUGAGGCUGCUUUAGAGAUAUUCGGGCUGUUUGAGAGAACCGUGGCGGAGUAUGAAGAACAACUCAGUCGUUCUAAAGAAGAGAACGAACGCCAUCGGAAACUUCUUGACGCUGUUCUGAAGCCCGAACUCCGUUUACACAGAGCAGAGGAGGGAGCGGCCUGGAACAGGUUAUACAGGUCUUAUAAGGCAACUGCCUAAAACAUACCAGAGUACAUCGGUAUGACCAGAGCACCUCCAGAAGCAAGCGUGUUAUCUGGAGAUGCCCAUCAGUCCCCCCACAUUAAAGAGGAACAGGAGCAACUUGUUGCUGUGAAGAUCGAAGAUAAUGAAGAGAAAGCUCAGCCACAGCUUCAUCAGACACAAGAAGAGAACAGCAGCUCAGCCCCUCAAACGGAAAAAGAGAGGGAUGGAGAGGACUGCGGAGGAUCAGAACCAACCAGAAGCUCAGAUCCAGACGGUUCUUCACAGCCAGCUCAUGAUGAAAACAUUGCAGAUGAACAAGCUGAGACUGUGACAGUUACGCAGACCCAGGCAGGUGUGUCCCUCAGUCCACCAACUGUGGACGACAGGACUUCAGACUCUAGUGAGCCUGAGACUGAUAACAGUGAUGAAGACUGGGAGGAGCCAGUGCAACCUCAGCCAAAUCUAAAAAAGGUCAAGAACAUAAGCGUUCCUCAGGGUAAGAAAGAAGGUAACAGUGGUGGGAAGUGUUUGAGCUGCUCUAAAUGUGGUAAAACAUUUGAAUCCAAGGGCUGUGCGUUGCAAAAAAGUCCUCCAUUCGUUUGCUCUGUUUGUGUUCCAAAACCCUCACAGGAUGCUUGUUUUAUCACAAAUAAGAUAAGUCCCUCAGGGGAAAAAGCCUUUGGAUGUUCAGUUUGUAAGAAAGAAUUUGGCUUCAAAUCCGAUGCUGUAAGACAUUUGAGGAUUCACACCGGAGAGAAACCCUUCAGCUGCUCGGUUUGCGGGAGAAGAUUCAAUCAGAGCACAGGUCUGAGCUCGCACAUGAGAACCCACACAGGAGAGAAACCAUACAGCUGCCCUCACUGCUCUAAAAGCUUCAUCCGUAGCGGAGUUCUGGACCGACACAUGAGAAUUCACACCGGAGAGAAACCUUACAGCUGCUCGGUGUGCGACACCAGUUUCUCUCUGAGUCAGACCCUGUUGAAACACAUGAGGAUCCACACGGGAGAGAAACCGUUCAGCUGCUCCAUUUGUGAUAAAAGUUUCAAACAAAAGGGAAAUCUGACGCAACACAUGACACUCCACACAGGGAAGAAGUCUUUCAGCUGCGGUGUUUGUGGGAAAAGCUUCACUAGGCAGUUCCGUGUGAAAAAGCACAAGUGUGUGGCUGAGAGCAGCAGCAGCAGCAGCAGCAGCGGAUGAAACUGUACAACUGCAACACAAAAAUGUAAUGUCAUACGCCAAAGAUAGAUUAGGAGGUUGAGAUAGGAGCAACCUAAAUGUAUUUAAAUAUUCUUUAAAAGAAAGAACUUGUUAAUGCAUAUAUAUAUUUGUAUUAGUAGAAUGCGUGUCUGUCCGCUGGUUACUGUUCAUGACAAUCAUUAUUGAUGAUGUGCCUAUACUGCAUAUGUAUGCCAAAGUUGUACAGAGAAUAGUUAUUUUAGGGUUAGUCCCGCCCGUCCUUAACUUUAAUUGGUUUUAUAUAAAGCUUCACAUUUUUCAGUCGAACACCAGCUACUUGUAGCUCCUACAGGUUCAUCACUCUGCUUUUAAAAGUGUCCUCAAGUGUUUGGUGAUGCAGUGCAGCAUUUGCCUGAGAUGGGCCUUAAUGAAUUAACCCACAGUACUUUGAGUAUGUAUUUUUUUUUACCGGUAAAUAUAUUGCACAGAAUACAUUACUGAACAGAGAAACAAUAUGAUUCAUAUGAUGGGCAAUUUUGUCUCUGCUCACCUCGAGGUUGGGCAAUAAGCCUUGCAGUGAAACCAGCCAGAUAGGAUUAGUUUAUAUGGUGACCAUAGGAACACAACUGCAGUGUCUGUAAGAAUGCAGCUUUCGCUUUGCAUGAUUCCCUAAUAAUGUGUUACAUAUGGGAGAGUAACCAAGCAACACAUUCUGGAAACCUUAACUUAAUUACCACAUUUGACCCAAACCUCCUUCCAUAAAUCCAGUGCAGAUGUUUACCAUGAAUUGCAGGGCAGUGAAAAGGCAAAGAAAGCAGAGGAAUCAGCACAAGAAACAUGUAUUCUCUGACUGAAGACCACUGGACACAACAAAGGCAGUUUUACAAACCAUGCAGCAGUUUUUUAAAGUUGCACAGAGGUGUAAAAUAGUGGACAGGGUCACCACUGCAGGAACAGAUAGUGUUCGCAGUAUGAUAGCUCAGCAAUAAUCAUGUUGUAUUCAAGUUAAAACCCUCUGAUUUCUCGGUUUGUCAUGCAGUUCUUUAUUACAACAGACAUGAAUUUGUUUUAUCUCCCCCAAAAUACAAGUGUUUAACCUUGUCAUUAACCAUGAUUGAUAACUGAUUAUUAUUGUGUUUAACACAAUUAAACUAAGUGCUCUGAGUUGUGCAGAUACAUGUUUAAGCCAACACUGACAUACUGUCAUUUAUAACCUUUGAACUGAGUUACUGACACAGAUUCUGUAACUGAAACAAAUACCAAUCAUGUUUUUUUUUAUUGUUGAGUUAGAAAUGUUGAAAAUGUACCAAAAAUCUUGAAAACCGUCCCGUCUUUUUUCAUGUAUGAUGUUCAUGUAAUGGCACAUGCUAUGGAGAAAAAUCUAGACGUAAUAAACAACUUGUUUCUUUGAUUUGGAUUCACACUGUAAGUAUUAUAGGAGUUCACAGUUGUUUGGCUUGAACAGGUUAUUUAUUUUAUAUUUUUUUAACCUUUAAAACAAAUAAUGAUUUGACAGUUGUCCUGAUUUUAUGAAUUAAAAUUAAAAUGAUAAAUUCAUCUUUUAAA